AUGUUUCCCAGAAGUUGCGCGAUACGGAACCUGAUCGACUCGCCGAUAUAUAUACGAUUUAUCUAUAUAACCUUACGAGUACUCUACUCCCAUUCCGGAGAUAACGAUAUCGACCUUGCCAAAGGCCAGCUAUCGCACACAACUACAAAGGACGUCGUCACCCUGAAGAUGAUCUCAGACGAACAACUCUAUCAACUUGCCAUGUUCCUUGGCUCCUGCGCCAUGCUCCUCAUCGUCCUCUACCAUUACCUCGAAGUCAACGCCAAAGACUCUUCUGCAACCUCCUCCACUUCCUCCCAGAGCUCCUCUGUACAAUCCCACGCGUCGACAAGUUCGUCGAAGAAUUCCAUUUCCACUACACCAAUUAACCGAGAUGCGGCUGGUUGAGGGUUAUUGGGUAGGAGAAAGUAGAUGGGAAACUCGGGAAACCGGAGAUGGCGAGCAUUUGUUGAUUGGGUUUCAUAAGAUCGGAUGAUAUGGUCUCCCGGGUGGUGGAAUUGCGGCUUGCUUCUAGAAAUACCUACUUCACAUGUACAAAAUGUAUUAAUUGGCAUUAUUGUCGUCAGCCUUUUUCUUUUUCUUUCUCUCGCUCUCUCGCUUCUUC